CUUUGCCCAAUUACACACGGAGUAUAUUCUUGGCACAACGGCGCCUCCAGCUGCUCCACCGAUCCUCCCGUCAACGUCCCUGGCAAUGAGAUUGAAUGCUUAGACCAGAUCGACGUCAACGCUCCAAGAGAUCUUGGACCACUUGCUGGUGGGCAAGGAAGAUUCGAGCGGCCGUUGUGCGAUUCGACGAAAUCGUAGGCAGAUAUCGUUUUGGAACUGAAAGACAUUGGAUCCUCUGACCCGGAAGAAACGGAUUUUGUCUUUCGGGAUCUGAAAUUAUUCUUGGGAUUGAGAAUGGAGAGGAACUGCAUGGGCGGAGGAUUUAGCAAAGGAUAAUAUUAGAAAGCCAACAAGUCAAAGUAGGGAGUGUUUUUUUGGAGGGACGUAGUUAUAAAAAAAAGAAAUCUGCCGGAAGCUCUAUCUUUUGAGGUACCAAUCAAAGAGAAAAUUGAAGCACUAGCUUGGCUUCAGGCCCAGAACCAUCUUCCCCACCUCCCGCGCUGUUUCUUCUCCGGCAGAAGCCAAAGAUUUGACUUUGAUCCUUCAUCUAUUUGGCAUUGCAAUACUGCAGAUUCAGUUACUUCGGAUUCAUCAUCAUCUGAAAGGCAUACUGUGGCGAGUGUAGCUGGCCUCGGCUCAGCUGUCUUCUUCCGCCACUUUCACCCUUUCUCAUUCAAUGACUGGCUCGCCAUUAAGAGGUUUCUCUCCAAGAAAUGCCCUCUAAUUCGCGCAUAUGGUGCAAUCCGCUUUAAUGCCACUGAAAGCAUAGCUUCUGAAUGGAUUGGUUUUGGAUCUUUUUAUUUUAUGGUUCCACAGGUAGUCUGAUUGAAUUCCUUCUUUUUCGUUGGUGAGAGGUAUAUCAUCUGGGAGACCAUUCCUUUUGUCCUUUUGUAUAUAAUCCAUCUCGGGCUAGAUAUUGAAUAACAGGUUGAGUUUGAUGAGUGUGAAGAGAGCUCAAUGAUUGCUGCAACUAUUGCCUGGGAUGAUGCCCUCUCUUGGACAUAUAAGAAGUCUAUACAUAAACUCCAGGCAACUAUCUGUGAGGUCUGCACUAUAGUUAAACACCUGGUGGGAAGAGUUUCAGAUACAUAUCUACUCAACAGCACUCACAUCCCGGACAAAACAUCUUGGGAUCGGGAUGUUAAACGUGCUUUGCAUAUGAUAAACAGUUGUACUUGCUCGCAGCAGCAGAGUUGUAACUUGUACAGAUAUUGACCCUCUAAUGUGGUUAGCAUGCUUGAAGUUUGAAGGAGAAAAUGCAUAUCAGUUCUGUUUACAGCCUCCUGAUUCACCUGCAUUUAUUGGAAAUACUAUUGUGUAUAGCCAGAGCAACUAUUUCAUCGAAAUCGACUCAGCAUUUGCAGUGAUGCUCUAGCUGGCACCCGAGCUAGAGGUGGAACAGAGCUUCUAGAUCUUAAGAUAGGACGUGAUUUGCUCUCCAGCCCGAAAGAUCAUAAUGAGUUUGCUAUAGUACGUGAGUGUAUUAAAAGAAGAUUGGAGGCAAGCUACACAAAAUUCUAUUUUUAUGUACUGAAUCAUGACCUUCAAAUAACUUUGACUUUACAACUCAACGUAACAGUUUUUUUCAUUCUAUAUUUCUCUCUUUUUCUGGUUUAAAAGGCUGUAUGUUCCACUGUGCUAAUUGAACCAAAGAAAGCUUUAAGAAAACUUCCUAGAGUUCAACAUCUUUAUGCCCGGUUAACUGGAAGGCUUCAAAGUGAAGAUGAUGAGGUAUAUCUCAUUGUUGAUUACAGUUCAUGUAUUGGUCAUGGAAUUUAUACCUGUACUUAAUUGGACAUAUUUUGAUAUUUUCUCUUUAUUUAUAAUAAUAGGAAUAAAUCAAAAUGGAUCUCUAAACUGUCUGCGCUUCUUUAAUUAAUGAAGUAGCAGUUAGUCAAGCAAUGCAACUUUCGACGUUGAGCCGGGGGUCUCUUUGGAAACAGCCU